AUGACAACAUCGAUAUACGGCCCUAGCAUCCUCAUCCUCAUCCUCAUCCUCAUUCCGCAGGAGCAGCAUCGCAUCAAACAUUCCUUCCCAGAGGCGCGUGCUCCUCUACCCUGCACCGCGUGCGUGGGUCUUCACCUGACGGUCACCGGCAAGGUCGUACAUUCGCCCGUGGACGGACACGCGGCGGUGCUGCCUGCUGCGUACGACAGGUAUGCCGACGACGUACCGUUACACUACGGGCUGUCACGCGGGCACGCUCCGCGCGGGAGCACGCGGACACGGGUACCCGCGACGCAGUACAUCGCAGCUGACGCCGCCGGAUCGUCGGAUCCGGCCGGAUACGACAUCGAUCCGCAUUCCGUCGAUCGCGGCGACGCCGGCCGGCUUUGGGAGGUUGAAGAUCCGACGGGGAGUCGGUUCGCAUCGGAUCUGAGACGAAAGCGACCGGACGGCGACGCCGGCCGGCUUUGGGAGGUUGAAGAUCCGACGGGGAGUCGGUUCGCAUCGGAUCUGAGACGGAAGCGACCGGACGGCGACGACGUUAUGGUUUCGAUUCCGGGGGCUCCGGAUGCGGAUCUGAGCGUGACUCAGUACGUGUACGAUUUCCUGAACGAGCGGUCGGCGAAGAGAAGCGGAUCGAAUCAGCGCCUCCGCCGUCCUCCAUCCUACGUCUCCGCCGUCGACGCCGCAGUCGACGACGACGACGACGACGCGUUUGCGUUCAGCGACGUCGUCUGGCGAGAAAGAAAAGACGACGACGACGACCGAUCGCGACGGGAGACGCUGGACGACUUACUUAGGGCGCCGUCGAGGAAGAGAACGCCGCGCCGGGAGGAAGAGCAGAAAAGGAAGGCGGUGAAGGGUUCGUACGCGAGCUCGUACGGCGAGAACGACACGAAGUCUCCGGUUCAAGCCUCUACCUCGCCGCUGCCGUUCGACGUCGGCCUGGAUAGAGACGGUCGUCUGCAUCUCUACUGGAACGUCAACUACGACGACGCGACGGUGACGUUGCAGACUAUGGUGAGGCUGGACAAUGCUGACCUCUGCGUUCUCUGGGUAGACAAAAUCGGCGAUAUACACUUCAAGGAUGCGUCUACGGAGGAAGAUGGCGUCAUCCUGUUGGACAAUCAGGACGACUGCAAACUGAUCGACGCGCAACGUCAUCAUGGCGUCACGACGGUCACGUGGCAGCGUCAGUUCGACACGUGCGACGAUGACGAUUACGUCAUUGAGGACGGUACAACGCACAUCGUGUACGCCGUCGGUGCCGGGCCGGUGUGGACGGUGGCGAACGGAGACAUACACGAGUCGAGCACGGUGACGGGAUUCCAGCGCGCCCAGCUGCUGAAGAACAUCGCCCCGGCUACUCCCGUGCCAGCCGGAGCGAAGACGUUCCAAAUCACCGCGCAGCAGGUGCGUGUUCCGAGCUCCGAUACGACGUAUUGGUGCAACACGCAGAAGUUGCCCGAACUACGUGAUAAACAUCAUAUCAUCAAGUUUGAAGGCGUCGUACAGCCGGGGAACGAGGCCCUCGUACAUCACAUGGAAGUGUUCCACUGUAAGGUGAAACCCGGGGAGCAUGUGAGCGCCUACAACGGACAGUGUCAUGCAGAAAACCUGCCCGCACAACUGCAGUCCUGUAAGGAGGUGAUCGGAGCGUGGGCGAUGGGCGCAAAGGCUAUGGCGUAUCCUGCCGAGGCUGGCCUGGCGAUUGGAGGACGGGAUUUCUCCCCUUACGUCAUGAUAGAGAUUCAUUACAACAACCCGGAGACUCGCUCUGACUGGGUGGACAGCUCUGGCAUCAGGUUCUACUACACCGAUAAGCUGCGUCGCUAUGACGCCGGCGUUAUGGAGCUAGGGCUGGAGUACACGCCCAAGAUGGCCAUCCCUCCGCACAUGAAACACUUCGACAUCAAGGGAGAUUGCAUCAUGGAAUGCACGCGCGCGUCUCUGCCGGCGAAGGGUAUUCACGUGUUCGCAUCGCAGCUUCACACGCACCUGACGGGGCAGCGAGUCUGGACGAAGCAUUCCCGUGACGGGGUCGAACUUGCCGAGUUGAACCGCGACAACCACUACAGCACGCACUUCCAGGAGAUCCGCCUGCUCAAGCGACAGGUGCACGUGCUUCCCGGAGGCUGGGGCAUACGGGACGAGAUGUGUGUGAACUACGUGCAUUACUACCCGCGAGUCUCGCUCGAGGUGUGCAAGAGCUCGAUCGACAGCGACGUGCUGCAAAGUUACUUCAACUUCAUGCACUACUAUAACAACGACCUGACGUCAGAAAACCAGACGUACGCUGAGAACUACGCCGCUAUUCGCUGGACUCCCCUCCAGGCGGCGCUGCUGCAGCAGCUCUACACGCACACCGAACUUUCGAUGCAAUGCAAUCGUUCGAAUGGCGAUCGCUUUCCGGGCGAUUGGAACCAAAUGCCACCGACAUCCAUCUCCCUCCCGUAUCCACCUGUCAACCAAAGCUGCAAGAGAAAGGCUCUGCCAUUCUAGGUAGCGUGAAAGAAAGCAGGCUCUGCUAUUCUAGAUAGCGUGAAACAACGGCGGCUCUGCCAUUCUAGAUAGCGUAAAACAAAGGCGGCUCUGCCAUUCUAGAUAGUGUGAAACAAAGGCGACUCUGCCAUUCUAGGUAACGUAAAAGAGCGGGGGAUCUGCUACUCUAGAUAGAGUGAAAGAGAGAUGGCUCUGCCACUAUAGGUAGGGUGAACUUUGGCUGACACCAACCGGUCAUUUGAAAUGCUCCAAAGAUAUAGAUCGCCAGACGAAACGCGAACGAGUAUCACAAUUGUUGUAACAAUAUAGCAUUUAUUGACAUGUCCGGGGGAAGAAUGUAGGAAAACAUUUGGCUUCCGCUAAAAUAGAUCGUGGGCUUAGAAUAAAUAACAAAGAACUACUGAUUAGACAGCCGUACAGAUGGUGGGUUGGAGCUAGUUUUAGCUCAGAACUCAACCAACAAUAUUUAUCACGAUCGAAUAUAUUAAUAAAUGCAGUUAUUUAUCGGCAGGAUUCUUUGCCAAUACAUCUUAUCACACCAACAUUGUAGA